AUGCCCAACAUAAAGAGUAUAACUCAUCUUAGUUCUAUACGAACCAUCAUCCUGGCUACGGUCUCUUUGACAUCAACUAUCUAUGGCCAUCCUUUGAGUCAAUAUACCAAUCAAGAAGUUGCUGUCGAAGAACCUGAGGUUGAUUAUGGUUCUGCCGAGUUUUAUGAGAAAUUAGUAGUGAUUAUGAUCCUCGUAUUGACGGGUGGUGCCUUUGCUGGUCUUACACUUGGUUUAAUGGGUAUGGAUGAAACCAACCUUCAUGUCCUUAUUCAAUCUGGUACAGAAUCCGAGAAAAAGUAUGCCAAGCAAGUGUUGAAGUUGCUCAGUCGUGGCAAACAUUGGGUCUUGGUUACUUUGCUCUUAUCCAAUGUCAUUGUCAACGAAACCUUGCCCAUCAUCUUGGACAGUGUUCUUGGUGGUGGCUGGAAGGCUGUUGUCAUGUCUACUGCUUUGAUUGUUAUUUUUGGAGAAGUUAUUCCACAAUCCAUUUGUGUUCGUUACGGUUUAGCCAUUGGUGCAAAGGCUUCUGGCAUGGUGCUCGCAUUGAUGUACAUCAUGUACCCUAUCGCCUACCCUACUGCUCUUUUGUUGGAUUUCUUCUUGGGUGAAUCUCAUGGUACCAUUUACAAGAAGGCUGGUUUGAAGACGCUUGUUUCUCUCCACAAAUCCGUCAACCCUACUGAUGUCGAUGCAUUGACUGAAGACGAAGUUACCAUCAUUGGCGCUGUGCUCGAUUUGAGAUCAAAGCCAGUAUCUCAAAUCAUGACACCCAUUGCCGAUGUAUUCACCCUCUCUACUGAUGCCAUUUUGGAUGAAGAGCUUGUGGAUAGAAUCUUGCUUGCUGGUUAUUCCCGUAUCCCAGUUCAUGUGCCUGGAGAUAAUGUCAACUUUGUCGGUAUGCUUCUCACUAAGCGUUUGAUCACUUACGACCCUGAAGAUGCUCUUCCUGUUAAGGACCUUCAUAUCAGCACCUUGCCUGAAACUGGACCUGAAACGAGCUGUCUCGAUAUCUUGAACUUUUUCCAAGAAGGCAAAAGUCAUAUGGCUUUGAUCUCGGAAGAUCCUGGAGCUCAUAGUGGUGCUUUGGGUGUGAUUACCCUCGAGGAUGUCAUUGAGGAAUUGAUUGGCGAAGAGAUUAUUGAUGAAACUGAUGUCUAUGUUGAUGUGCACAACAAGAUUAGAGUUGUCCGUCGUCAAGUUCAAAACAGAAGAAACAGUAGACUGACUCGUUUAUUGACUGCUCACAAGCGUCAAACCCAAGGUAUCAAGGGUACUCCUAGUCGUGAAAACUCUACUGGUUCUUUAAGCAGUAAAAAAGUCAUUGAGCCCCACAUGAAGCCUGUCUACGGCUCUGUGCCCAAGACUUCCUUGUCUGCAUCGCCUGAACACCAUUUUGGUGGUGGUAAUGAUGAAAACCAGCCUCUUUUAAACAACUCUAAUUAG